UUUGCCAUCUCCAAUCCCUUGUCGGAAGCGUCAUCAUUAGUAAAUACAUCAUUCAUUAAGAACUUUAUUUACUUUGUUUAUAAACAUUAGAAACACACAGCAGCUCAAGUAAAGAACCAUGUCCUCGGCUAUUUAUUUAGAAAACUAUUUGGAUGUAUUAUCCAAUAUAGGAUUAGAGUCCUUACCCACUGAGUUAGAAAGGAAUUUUAAAUUGAUGCGCAAGCUGGAUGAUCGAGCUCAGACCGCAAUGAAGAGUAUUGACAGCCAUGCCAAAGAAUUUAUGCGCAAAUUGGCCGAUAACUCGUCACAGAUGAGCGAAGAGGAACGUAAAGAGCGUUUGCGCGACAUUCAACAAUUGUUUGUUAAGGCCAAGGAAUACAGCGAUGACAAAGUCCAAUUGGCGAUACAAACCUAUGAAUUGGUAGACAAGCAAAUAAGGCGGCUGGAUAAUGAUUUGGCCCGAUUUGAAGGUGAAAUUCAAGAGAAGGCCUCCUCAACGCGUGGCAAGUCAGAGGAAGCGCAAGUUAAGAAGGGCCGCAAAAAAACCAAAGAUGCCAAGGCAACGGGUAAAAAGAAACGCAUCACAUCCUCAGAUGACGAGGCCAAUAACAGUGCAACAGCAGCAGCGGCUGCGGCCGGUGGUCAAGGUGGUAAAAAGAAAAAGCAGAAGGUAAAUCAAGAAAAAGAAACACGCAAGGGGGGUCAAAAGAAAAAUGUCGAUUUGGAUGAUUCAGAAAAGGAGUCAUGUCACACGGCUGCCACACAUCCGAGUGAUGUUCUCGAUAUGCCCGUUGAUCCCAAUGAGCCCACCUACUGUUUGUGCCAUCAAGUUUCCUAUGGUGAAAUGAUUGGCUGUGAUAAUCCAGAUUGUCCCAUUGAGUGGUUCCAUUUCGCUUGUGUCGGCUUGACCAUCAAGCCCAAAGGCAAAUGGUUUUGUCCGAAAUGUACACAGGAUCGAAAAAAGAAAUAAUAUGCGCUCUGGUUUUGUUCUGUUCAGUUUACUGCUCUCAUAAAGUUAUCAUGUUGUAGUAUUAAUGUGUUUUGUAUUAUAAUAAUACGUAAAGUAAUUUUUAUAUAAAUAAUAAAUAGUUUUAAAUGUAAAAAAAAAGGCAAAGUAAUUUGACUUUGGAUCUUGUUUCGUUGAUGAUAGACUUUUUUACUUUUAUUUGAA